AUGGCCUCCCCCGAGGGAACCACUUGGGUCUUCGACUGUCCCCUCAUGGACGACCUCGCGGUGGCCGCCGACUUCGCGGCAGCCCCCGCGGGGGGAUUUUUCUGGGCGGCGCCACCGUCGCUGCAGCCGCAGGUGGUGCAGGCGCCGGUGCAGUCUGUCGUUGCCGCGUCCGCUCCCAACCCAUGUGUGGAAAUCAGUAGCUCUGUGGACUGUGGUCAGGGAAAAGAACAGCCAACAAAUAAACGUCCUAGGUCAGAAAGUACUGCAGAACCAAGCACAAAAGCAUCCAGGGAGAAGAUUAGAAGGGACAAGCUGAACGAGAGAUUCCUGGAAUUGGGUGCCAUUUUGGAGCCAGGGAAAACUCCUAAAAUGGACAAAUCAGCUAUAUUAAAUGAUGCUAUUCGUGUAGUAGGUGAAUUGCGUAGCGAAGCAAAAAAGCUCAAGGAUUCAAAUGAGAGUCUCCAAGAGAAGAUUAAAGAGCUGAAGGCUGAGAAGAAUGAGCUGCGAGACGAGAAGCAAAGGCUGAAGGCCGAGAAGGAGAGCCUGGAGCAGCAGAUCAAGUUUCUGAAUGCCCGCCCAAGCCUGGUACCACACCACCCGGUGAUCCCAGCCUCUGCCUUUGCAGCUCCUCAGGGGCCGGCAGCGGCCGGGCACAAGCUGAUGAUGCCUGUGAUUGGCUACCCUGGAUUCCCGAUGUGGCAGUUCAUGCCGCCUUCGAAUGUUGACACCUCUGAUGACCCCAAGUCUUGCCCUCCUGUGGCGUAA